AGACCGGCCGGCUGGCACUCAGUUGCCUUUAGCGCCGUGCAUCUCCAAGUUAGUCAGUCAGUCAGUCAGUCAUUGAGUCAGUCGGGUCGACGUGCACCGCGCGGCGAGAGCGAUCAGGAAUCGAGCGUUCGAUACAACCAAAGAGCAAGUGCAGUGAACGAAACCAAAUCGAUACCAAAAGUCGAUCUAUAAGGGCGGAAGCAGGUGGACAAUCGUUUUUCCGUGUUUCGAGAUGACGCGACGAGGGUAUCGCGCGUGUUUCGCUUGAAAACGUAUCUUGUACGAAGCGUGGAAGUAAACGAAGUAAAAGUGACUAGUGAAAGUAAGAAGAUCAAGACGGGAAAGAUGAUGAAGAAGGAGAGACCGAUGACGUCGGUGACGGCCAUCAUCCAGGGGACUCAGGCCCAGCAUUGGUCCCGCGGCAACACUUGGCUAAGCUUGGACAACAGCAACAUGUCCAUGUCUUCUGUGGGCCCACAGAGUCCUCUGGACAUGAAGCCGGACACAGCGAGCCUCAUCAAUGCAGGAAACUUUAGCCCUUCCGGUCCCAAUAGUCCAGGAUCCUUCAACGCUGGUUGUCACAGCAACCUCCUCAGCACGUCGCCGAGUGGACAGAACAAAGCAGUCGCACCCUACCCGCCGAAUCACCCUCUUUCCGGAAGCAAGCACCUAUGUUCGAUCUGCGGGGACCGUGCCAGUGGCAAACACUAUGGUGUCUAUAGCUGCGAGGGUUGCAAAGGAUUCUUCAAGAGGACCGUCCGCAAAGACCUAUCGUACGCGUGCCGCGAAGAGAAGUCCUGCAUCAUCGACAAACGACAGAGAAAUCGAUGUCAGUAUUGUAGAUACCAGAAAUGCCUGGCUAUGGGGAUGAAAAGGGAAGCAGUGCAGGAAGAACGUCAACGUACCAAGGAAAGGGAUCAGAGCGAAGUUGAAAGCACGAGCAGCCUGCAUUCUGACAUGCCCAUCGAACGUAUCCUAGAGGCUGAGAAACGAGUCGAAUAUAAAAUGGAGCAGCAGGGAAAUUACGAGAAUGCAGUGUCGCACAUUUGCAACGCCACGAACAAACAGCUGUUCCAGCUGGUAGCAUGGGCGAAACACAUCCCACAUUUUACAUCGUUGCCACUGGAGGAUCAGGUACUUCUGCUCAGGGCCGGCUGGAACGAGUUGCUGAUAGCCUCCUUUUCCCACCGUUCCAUCGACGUGAAGGACGGUAUCGUGCUGGCCACAGGGAUCACUGUUCAUCGAAACUCGGCGCAACAGGCUGGUGUGGGCACGAUAUUCGACAGAGUGCUAUCUGAACUUGUGUCGAAAAUGCGUGAAAUGAAGAUGGAUAGGACUGAACUUGGAUGUCUUAGAUCCAUCAUACUGUUCAACCCGGAAGUGCGAGGUCUGAAAUCUAUCCAGGAGGUAACCCUGCUCCGCGAGAAGAUCUACGCAGCCCUAGAGGGUUACUGUCGCGUAGCUUGGCCCGACGAUCCAGGUCGAUUCGCCAAACUGUUGCUACGUUUACCAGCGAUCCGAUCGAUCGGCUUGAAAUGCCUGGAACACCUAUUCUUCUUCAAGAUGAUCGGUGACGUACCGAUCGACGAUUUCCUCGUGGAGAUGCUGGAAUCACGAUCAGACCCUUAGGAGCAGAAGGUGUGCCGCGUUCUGGGGCACACCGAUCUGUAAGAGGAACCAGAGGGACACAUGUACACAUCAUCGUCGAGCAAACAGAAAACAGAAUCGCAGAUGGGAAAGAGUUUUUUCUUGUCGGUACUCCGACACCUCCUCAUCAAGAUCGUUCGAUGAUCAACGCGUUCAGCGAGGUGGAUUUUACUUACUCCUCUCUCCUUCGACUUUUUAUUUAUGUCUCUUCGUUAGCGCAUUCUUCUGUCCGACGUAAAGGGGGUGGUCAGUGAUCCGAUUCGUAUCGAGAGCACGUGGAAAGUCGCAACGAUACACUCGCAGAGUCAUGGGCUGCAGCUUCGCACGUUGGAACCGUGACAUUAAUCCAACAAGCUGCUGUUUUACAACGAGACUUUGAUGGUGGCAAACAUUUGACCUACCUUUGUAAUUUAGUUGGAGGGAUUUACUUCUUUUAGUUAAAAGGAAGUAUGAAAAAAGGUCCAUCAUUCAUUCAUGUUCUUCAAGUGAUCCUAGGUCUCCUCAAUCCCUCAGGAUCUCCCCAUCCCUAGGUUCUCCAAGGACCUAAAAUAAGUGGCUCUAUACUUACUUUUAACUAAAAGAAAGCAAAGAAUGUUAAAUCAGAAGGCUAUCAAAGCUACCAUCAAAGUAUUAAUAAAAUUGCAUUGAAAACUACCACCACUUUGAUCACCCAAAACUUGUAAAAACUAAAAUUUAUUUACAAUAUGUCACGAUUAAAAUAUUGGUUUUUAUAAUUUACAUGCAGUUACUUAAAAUGUGUGGUAGUUUUCAGUGCAAUGUGUGUCUGAUAACAUUGCAUCCACGUUGAACUGUGCACUCCCUACAGCCACAUGGAAGUUCCUAAGACAUCUCCUCCUCGUUUUUGUUUUGUUGUAUUUUACACGUUCUCUAUCACCGACGAGUUGGUUUCUAUCUGCUUGUUCAGUCUUUCAAAAUAGAGUUGUGUACAGACAGGGCCUUUUUACAUGGCACUCAACGUGGAUGCAACAUAAAUUAUAACAUGUUCUCGGGUAUUUUUACAUUCCAACUCUGCCUCGAUUCGGAUCGUUCUUUGGAAGAGCCACGAUAUAAAUAAAUAUAUACAUGCAUAAAACGGGAGCGUUUUACACGUGUGCACUAUGAUAAUUUAUUGUUUUGUAUUUUAGAGUAUAGAGAAAGAGAUAAACUUACUAAUUCAUUAUUAAUUAAAUAUAUUACGGUAGCUCGUCUCGAGAGCUAUAUUAUAUGUACACAUGCGUACAGCUUAUGUCUGUAAUGAAAUACCGAUACCAUAACUGUUGGACAACACGUGAACAAAGAAUAUUUACAUUCGAAGUAUCAAAAUUUCUUGAUACGCUGUUAAUACUGUCAGAAAAUUUCUUAUCAAUGUUUUACGUUUGGCAUAUCAAAUUGUGGGAAUUGUCAAGUUUCCUCUUUUGUCAGAUUUUAAUUUUCGCUAUGAGUUAGCGAGUAAUAUAAUUUUAUCACUCAAAGAUUUUACUUGGAAAAAAUAAUAUUUCAGCGCUAUAAGAGAGCUUUUAAAACAACUUCAAAGAGAUGCUUGCAAGAUGUAUGGUCUAUCUUUCUAAAUCUAGAUACAUGUAAGAAUUAACUGAUUCAGGACAGGAAUAAGAUAGAAACCUUACCGUCGUUGUUAGUAAUUUACAGAACUUUUUUUAUGAUUUGAGCUGAAGGAUAUAAGAAAGUUUUAUGAGAUAUAGGUUUUAAUUCUAUUUUAAUAAUUCAAGGCUAUUUUAUCUAGGUCUACGAAAUUUAAAUUGUGAUUAUAGAUACUUUUCGAGUGGUCGUAAACUCUAAAUUCGGGGCAAUAAAUUUUAUCGAUAAGUUAAAAGUAUAGAUUUUAUAAUCAAAGGUAUUUGGAGAGUGCAUUAUUUUAGAAAUUUAUUUAUAUUUUUAGUAAACUAGUUUGAGAGUUUUAUUGUGUAAUCUUGAUUGUAAAUUUUUGCGGGGAAAAAUCGAUCUUUUCUUAGUGUCCUUCAGUUUUAGUCAUCUAUAUUAAAUGACUCUAUAGCACCCUUAGCAAUUGUAAGAAAAUGAUCAUACUUACUUCGAUGAUAUAAAUUAUGAUAAUAUUAUAUAUUAUUAAACAUAUUUCUAUUUUUGCGUGAAUGCUUACGAUUGUUAGUUGUUGGUUAUUGUUAUCUAUUUGAUGAGAGUUUUUAAUGUUAUGCAUACCAUGAGAAAAAGAACACAUUAAAUUUCCCGAUCUUUUUUGUAACACUACUGGAGUUGCUAUUCAUUUCAAAUGCCUGGUAUACGACGUUGUCUUUAAGUGUUUCCAAACGCAGGAUAAGCAUUUGAUAAUUACAUGAUUUAUACUAUUCUAAAAUGAUUUGUAACCAUUGGCGUAACUAGACAAAAAUUUAGAAAUUUUUCAAAGUUCAAAUUCCCCAAUUUUUGAAGUGGAACAACGCUAUUAAUAAAGAUAAGGGACCUGGAUAACCCCAGACAAAAAUUGUAGUUACGCCAAUGUUUGUAACCAUUUCAAAGCCAAAUAAUUUAUAUAUUUCAUAAGGUAAAUAGGAAAGUCGUAUUUUAUAAUCCGUACAAUUUCGUUUGUUAAUAAUGUUCUUUUUUUUCUGAUAAUAUAACAUCUCGACCAAAAUUACCUCUGAACAAAACGCGUUAUGCGAUCACACCUCAUCUAAUUCCUUAAAUAUAUACAAAUAUAUAUGUAAUAUGAAAAAGAGAAUAAACAGUAAAAAAAUAUUAGGAUUGGAGGGGCGUGAAUGCUUGGCUACCUGUGAAUGAAGUUUCAUAUAAAAUAUAUAAAUGUUAAAACGAUUGAUAUCUAUUACAUACGUAUAAUAUAUAAUUAUAUAAACAAAACUCUUUCACAAAAUAAUAAAUGAGAACCUCAGUAGUGGUCAGUAGAGUAACAAAGAUAAUGGCAGGAAUUAAGAAAUACGAAAUCAUAUUAUAUUUAAGGUAAGAGAUUCAAGAAGUGUUGACACUUUGGACCGUAUUGAAGUCUUACUCAUUAACAACAUGCUUCUUUGUGGAGCAAUGAUAUUCAAGAACAAUGAAUUGUAUACACGAUUGUAAUUGAUGUAAACUUAAUGCUUUUGCCAUACUUCUUUGAACUAUCAUAGAAAUGGUACAAUGCUCAAAUUAUAUGUAGUAACGUUUUACUUAGUAAUGAUGUCCUAGAAUGGAAGAACAGGGUGCAUUGGAAAUUUUCUGUACAAGCAUGGUAAAAUAAAUGAACAAAAUAAUUUCUAUCCACUGUUCUAUUUUUCAUGCUUAUUUAGUACUUAUGCAAUCUGAUUUUAUAUUUUUAUAUUUUUCACAGGUAUUUAACUCUUAACUGCUAUGGUGAAGUACAAACACUGUGGAUACAUAAAAAGAAAAAUUUUCCUCCUUUCAAUUCUUGACAGAAACAUUUUAAUAUAUUUAAUUGUAGGGUAACAUCUGUUUAACUGUGUGGGAUAUUGUAGGUCCCCCAUAGUAACAGUUAAGAGUUAAAAUUGUAAUGUAUAUUAUUGUAUAAUUAAAAAUUUGAGAUAACAUUUAAUUGCUGUUACAAAGUACAGAAAAGAUUUCACGCACCCUUUCUACAUAGAUCAGUACAAAUAAGUUUAUAUUAAUAGUAACGAAUAAAAUAAUUUGAUCUUACUAAAUAUGUAAGGUACAUCCCACUUAAACAGAGUAGAAGGUUUCCUAUAAAAUAUUGUACCUUCAAUGAUCUAAGCUAAAAACCAGAGUACUAAAAAUCCUUCUGUGUGUAUAAAUGUUGUGAACUUUUAUGUAUCGAUAAAUGCUACAUGAAUAACAAAUUAACUCGUACAACUGCCAUUACAAUUAACUAUUUUUUGGAAUACUAACGUGGCCCAAUGUUCCAUGUUUGAUCUUUCUUCCUUCAGAUUGAAACGGCAAAAAAUUUUCAUGAACUUGUUGUACCAUUUUAUUGAGUAGAUUUUUUAUAAUUUGAUUGUAUAUCAAUGGAAGUCGCCAUUGCGCAAAACGCGUAGUUCUAAAUAUGUUAGCGAACUCAAAAUCGAUUAAUAUGAAGUAACUUUAAAAGAUGAAUAGUACGGAUAGCUCUUUAACAUAAUACUUUAUUAUAGAAACAAUUAUUGUACUCGCAGCUUAAAGGUGUUUGUGAAUACUAAUUUUUUUAUAUAUUGUUUGAAAACGACUUUCAUCUUAUUGCUGAAUAACCGAUAACACUAUGGUUGUGCUAACAAAAGCAAUGUUUCUCUGUGUAAAUAACAAUGUCUGUAUGUUGUAUGUCAAACACAUACAAUGUAUAUAACAAAAAUAUAUGUAUGUAUACACUUGCAAUUCAUCUUUUACUACCUUUAAGCUGUAACCAUUGUUUCAUUACUUAAAGGGAUAAUUAAUUCGCGUAAAUCUAUUGUGUAGUUCUCUCUACUAAACAUGUGUAUAUCUAUCCAUUUACGAAUGUAAAUGCUUUAACAUACACAUGAAUUCUUACGUUAUUGAAAUACGCUUUUGUAUGUGUAAACACUUUUUCAGGUAAUGGCAUGAGAAAACUGGAAUACAAAGAAAAUUCUACAUUGGAUCGGUAACUAUUUUAUAAUAAGAGUAAUAUAUAUAUUCGCAAAAGGAUGUCUAAUAAUGAUGGAUAUACGAAUUAUAUAGAAGACAAAAAUAUGUACGAAAGAAUGACAGAGAGCGAGAUUGUUAGUGAAACAGAUAAAAAGAAUCUGUAUUAUUGUACUUGUAAAACAGUAUGAGUAAUACUGAUCUCUGAGUGAAGAGAUUUUGCGCCAAGAGAUAAAUCGUCUAUUCUGACUUGUCUAAAUAUAGUAUUUUUAUGAACUCAAAAUCUGUUAUGUUAUAUCCCACAUUUUUCUUGCAAUUUUUAGAGUACCUAUCCUUCCAACACUGUUUACUCAUACAAAGAUAUUUAAUGGGUGUCUAAAAAUAGAUGAACAAUGAAUCAUAAGCGGUACUUAAGAAAACACACUUUUAUUCAUGAUGGACAUUAUACAGAGUAUGUUUCUGAUAUUAUUCACUGAUAUUCUUAAGAAUAACAAUUAUACAUAUUUUUGAUACUUCCAUUGCUGCAAAGUUCUUUCCCCAUCUUCCAUUGUAUUAAUUAUAAAUUAAAUGCUCCAAUAGUGUCGAG